AUUUUUACAAAUAUCAUCAAUUUCAAUGCUCUUAUCAACAUCCAAGCUUGCUACAUCAAAACUCUCCUCCUCUUAAUUGUCUAGUCCCAAGAGAUCUACAAUUAAUUAUCUCAGUUAAGAUUUGGAUUCUCCAGCAAGAUAGAGAAUCAAAUUACUUUCUGAUAAAUGGAAUCACAUCUAGAAUGGAAUAGAUAAAGAUAAACUUGAAAAAAGGGAAGUAUUAGAGGAGAGAAUCAAAAUCAUUGAAGAUGUUUUAGCAUCUGAGAAGCCCAAAGAUGAACAAAGAUUUAAGGUCUUGAAAGAUUAAGUCUUAAAAUUAUAGGAUCAAUCACACAAUCAAAAAUCUGAAAGAGAAGUAUAAAUUUUAACUAUUUAGGCAUUUGAUGACAAAAAAGAAAAAGACUUUAGAACACUUUCAGAUAAUGUUGCCUUAUCUUUUGAAUAAGAAAGAAACUCUAGAGGUUAAGCUGAAACUAAGCUUUAAAAAUAAAUAGAUGAAAGAUUUGCUUAAAUCACACUCACUAUAACAAGAAAUACUCAUUAAUAUGAAGAUAGAAGUUAAGCCAAAAUUGCUGAAGUUCUUUAGUAAGUCUAAUUAGUCAAAAAUUAAUUAGAUUAGGAAAGAAGAUCAAGGUACUUUAUUUAAUCAAUCUAUAGAGAAGAAGCCGCAGAAUCUUUAACUGAAUAAAUUGAUAGUGAAAUAAAUAAAUUUUCAGAUUAAUUACUUGUUGAGAAGAAGGUUAGAGAAGAAACUUAAGGGAAAAUCUUUAGAAUGAUUGAAGACGUUCAUGGAAAACUCUAAUAAGACAUUAGCUUUGAGAGAAGAGAAAGAGAAGCUACAACUGAAGCUUUACUCAAACUAUUAGAGGAUGCCUGUAUUAAAAUCGAUAAAAAUUUUAGGUCAUUCUGA